UUGAAAAAUAAAAUCGUGACAGGAAGUAGAUCCGGAACAUAAAAUGUCAAACUCGAGUUCCGCAUGUUAGCGUCAGCGUCAGCACAAAGCUAGUGUUGGUAACGAUUAACCACUGAUAUGGCUUUUAAAAACAACUUCUUUUAACUAACGGACAAAUAAAUACUUUCGACUUUCAAGCCGAAGGACGGAAUAAUCGCCGAAGCUCGUGACGACGGCUACUUAUUGAGCAGCAAUGAGCAGCAGCCCAGCAUCUAUCCAGAUGGACGAGGUCAAGAGGAGAGCCCAGUCCCUGCUCUCCUCCUCGGGUUCAGCCCAGGAUGUGAGGGUGGAGGUGCAGACCAUGGCCGGCAUCCCCCUGCCUCUGUCAGAGAAGUACCAUCACUUGGGAGUGGAGGCCAUGUUGAGGGAGAACAUGGCCUGCCGCAACAGACAGGAGGUUUUGGAGUCUUUGAGUAGACUGGUCAAGGCCUUGAGCAUCCUGGAGAAGUACGGCUGUAACCUGACAAGUCCCGCCAGGCCCAGAUACUGGAGGAGCGUCAAGCACAACAACCCUGUCUUCAGAACCACUGUGGACGCUGUCAAGGGAGGCCGGAGAGUCUUGUAUCUCUACGGUUACACCAAUCAGCAGAUAGAUGGCCUCAGUUUCCCCGAUGAAGUCACUGAACCGGACACUCCGAAAGUUGCCGCAGUGACGCUGGAGGUCAUGACCUUACGCGCAGAGGUGGACAUGCUGAUUAAGGGCACCCACCCUCACCUAGAAUGCUUCCAAGAUAUCAUCCCAUUCAUCAUCCAGGAGGAUCAGCUGGCAGGUGACGCUGUGGUUAUCCUGCCUGGAGAGGAGCAGCAGGCAGACAAACCCCAGGUCCUGGCUCUUCCACCUAAACCUGCUCAGGGCCACGGAGGACAACCUCUGAAACCAUCAACAGGCUCUUCUGCAGCGAGUGACUGUAAUCUGUGUGGUGCCCCUUCGUCUCUGGUCUGCCCAUCUUGUGACAAUCAACAUUUCUGCAAUGCAUGUGAUGACCUCUUUCACCGCCACCCCUCCAGAGACAGUCACAAGAGAGAUAAAAUACAGAAAACCAAACAAGUGAUCUGCACCAUCUGUGGGAUUUCUGCUGUGCACGCUCAGUGCUCCACCUGCGUCCAGAGGUUGUGUGAGAACUGUGACAAGCUUUUCCACUCUCACCCUGACCGCAGAGGACAUGACAGAACUAUCAUUACACCAGCAAAAACAUCCAGUCCAUCUCUGUCACCUUGGGAGUGUGCUCAUUGCACUACAGUGAACGAGAUGCGAGCCGUCCUCUGCACGACCUGCGAACGGCCUCGACUCGCUACGGCUGCAUCCACUGUUCAAGAAAGCCCGAUGUCACUUCCUACAUCUCCCAACACAGAGUGGCAGUGUAAGAGCUGUACAGUUGUGAAUCAAGGCAGCAGCAUCCUCUGUGAGGUGUGUGAGCGCCCUCGGCUGGCCACUCGCCCGCCUGUCGCACCAGUGCUGUCCAGCCCAGGAUCUCUGUCUGACUCUGGAACAAAGUGGAUGUGCCAGUUCUGCACCUAUGUAAACACCAAUCCCACUGUGGUGUGUGAGAUGUGCAACCUGUCGUCUAAAGACUCGGCUGGAGUUUCUCUGCCCCAGUCUCUCGAGCAGACUCCGUCCAGCACCAAAGAUCAACCCCAGCUGGGUGUGAGGCCCCGACCGAAGCCCAGAGUCGACGUGGAAGUGAAAAGACAGAAGAUGAUGAGGGAAGACGGCCUCUUUCUCAUCCACCAGAUCAGAGAAGCAGAAAAGCUCGGCGUCAGUGCUGAGGAGGUGUACGCAGCCAUCUGCAUGUGCGGCAGCAGCAACACCAACCCCUGCGAUUGGCUGAAGUCAGAGCUGCCUCACCUGCUGGAUGAAAUCUGCGCCAUGGCGGCUUCUGUACAGCUAAACUACAAAGCAGGGGAUCCUGGGAUACAACCCAUGGUGGAGAGAGACGGAGGGGAUGAGGAGCCGAACAGUCCAAAUGUCACAGGUGAAGGUGUGAAGCUGUCCAGAGCUGAGGCCAAGCUGGCCUGGUUGUCAGCAGGCGGAGACACCGACCGAGCCGUGAGACAGCUGCUGAGAGACAGAAAGCUUAAGAUGAAGGAGCUUCACUCUCUGGGCUUCAGAGACGUGUUAAAGUGUGAGGAGGCCCUGCGGCUGAGUGGAGGAGAGGUGAAGGGGGCUUUGUCAUUGCUGCAGCGCCCUCUCCUGGAGCCCUUCCACCAGCGAAUCUGGACGGACCAGCCCGAGCCGCCGAUUGAUCCCAAACACCCGGACAAGCAGAGGAUGUGCCGGCGUCUGCUAGCGCUGUACGACCUGCCCAGCUGGGGGCGCUGCGAGCUCGUCCUCUCGUUGCUUCAAGAGCCAGACGCCACUUACUCUCUGGAGGACGUAGUGCAAGCUGUGAAGGAGUCGCACGACAAGGAUUUCAUCAAGCGUCUCCUCAUCAACGAGUGCCCCAUCUGUCUGAGCAUCUUCCCCCGCAGCAAGAUGCAGUCCCUGACUUCCUGUCAGUGCUCCGUGUGCCACGAGUGCUUCGGGCAGCACUUCACCAUCGCCGUGAAAGAGAAACACAUCCGAGACAUGGUGUGUCCCGUCUGCGGCGAGCCGGACAUCAACGACCCCGAACAGCUCGACAGUUACUUUUCCACGCUGGACAUACAGUUGCGGGUCUGCCUGGAGCCGGACGUGUACGAGCUGUUUCAUAAAAAACUGACUGAGCACGCUCUGAUGAAAGACCCAAAGUUCCUGUGGUGCUGUCACUGCACCUCUGGGUUCAUUAAUGAUGGAGACCAGCUGAAGGUCACCUGUCCGUCUUGCCGCCAGAGUUUUUGUGCUCAGUGCAAGAAACCUUGGGAGCCCCAGCACCAGGAUCUGUCCUGUGAGCAGUUCCAGCAGUGGAAGAGGGAUAAUGAUCCAGAGUACCAGAGGCAGGGCCUGGCCGGCUUCCUGAGAGACAACGGCAUCACCUGUCCUCACUGCAGGUUCCAGUACGCUCUGACGAAAGGCGGCUGCAUGCACUUCAGCUGCUCCCAGUGCAGGUACCAGUUCUGCAGCGGCUGCAACAACCCCUACCACAAGACGGCAUGUAAGACUGCCCAUUGCAUUUACACGGGUCUACAUGCCCAUCACCCCCGGGACUGUCUCUUCUACCUCAGAGACUGGGAGCCACCCAGACUACAGGCCCUCCUGCAGAGGAGCGGUGUGGAGUUCAACACAGAGCCUUCUAAUGGAACUCAAACUGAUGCUUGUUGUGUGAUGGAGCAGAAAGAUGAAGCAGGUCAGCAGAUUGAUUCACCGUGUGGCCUCCAAACACAGCCGGGACAAGCUGGCCUCUGCGAGAAGCACUACAGGGAGUAUCUGGUGAGUCUGAUAAACGCUCACUCGCUGGACCCCUCUCCGCUCUACGAGGCCAAUGAGCUGAUUCGGGCCUGUGAGAGAUACCAGGUGGACACUCAGAGAGCAGAGAACGAGGACGAUAACGUUUACCAUGCUCGACUGCUCAAGAAACUGAUGGAGGUCCCUCUUGGAGAAAAAGUUCCUCGAAACAAAUAAAAGCAUUUCCCUGAAGAGAAAUCAUCCUAAAAUGCGUUCAUCAAGCUCUUAUACAACAAGAAUUUAGUUUACAGACUGUUUUAAUCAUCUGCAAAGUAAUUUUAGUCUCCAUCCUGUGAAACCACUUCUGACUCAAGGGUGAGUCAGCUGGAAACUUUAAAUGGGUGGCAGCUGGGUUGGAUUUGUUUACUUUGUAUCUGGUCAUAAACAUCGGUUUUGUAUUGUUCAGAGUUGAAGCUUUUUCUUUCCUUGUUGAUCAUGAUAAACUGAUUAUGAAGGGAUGAAGCCGUUUAUUUCUUUGUGUUUCUCAUCUCAGUUUAGCUCACACUUUUCAACUUUCAAAAUACUUUAAGAAGGAAAUCAUUCGAGUUGGAUCUUGUACAAAAAUUAUGUUUGAUGUAUAUUUUUGCACUUGAAAGAAAGCCUCUUUUUGGAAAUGUAUGUUAAAAUAAUAUAUCUCAAAAAACAAUGUAGCAGUAUUGGGGAAAUUAUAAAAAUGAAAGACUAGAUUUUCUGCUGUCAGGGUUUUGUCUGUUUUGCUUUAUAUAAGAUGGAUGAAUCAAAUAAAUAAUGCCUAUUUUGAAAUGUGGAUUUAUUGAUGUACUUUGACCAUCAUAGUUUUUUGGCAGUGUAAAAUCAUUAGUCAGAUAAUUUGAUGUCACACUUAACAGUCUAUUAAAGUUUUGUCAAAAAC